UAUUACUACCUGCAUUACACAUUUUUAGGUAUCAUUUAUCUUGUAAAGUUCGUUCAUAAAAUCUUAUAAUAUCUCGGCAAACAAUAUAUUCCAUAUAGUCAAUUUUUUUUAUCAAUUUUCGAGAUGAUAUCGAUAACUAGCAAGUUCAGAGGUCCAAUUGUAAUCGGGGACUCGCAAACAGAUUAAUAUCUAGAUGAACGUUGUCAUAUAAUAUUAUACCUAUGGUCAAAUGUCGAUUAUUUUGGAUCUUAACAGCCAUUCAAUCAUCUAUUCCAAAUGCCAAUAUUCAAAACAUACCGGGCGACGCUUUUACUUUGCAACACCAUCGAAGGGAAUUUCUUCAAUGUAGAUAAAAACCUUGACACUAAUGAAAAUAAAGUCAAUAUUUAUAGUAAUCGUGUAUUUUCCCGUCGUUGAUAACUUAAAUCGAACACUUCUUCACUGUUAAUGAUCGAAAACAUAUUGAGAGCAUGUAAUUAGACCAUAGUAUAAAAAUAUGAUUUAUUACACACAUCAGUAAUUAGUAUAAUAAUAUUGGCAAAGUUUAUACUGAAAAAUAAACUAUAGAAUAUUGUAUUAUUUUAUUUACACACAAUCAGCAAGUGAUUGUUCUUAUCAUACUGAUAAUACGUUAAAACUAGAACCCUGGUUACGGAAAAGCAUUUAAUUAUUCUGCCAUGGACUUGAAACGGAACUAUAUUAUCAAUGUUUUAUUAUUGUUUAUACGUUAUCAAUGUGUCGUGUGCGGUGCGAACGAUUAAUUUAUAAACAUUUUUAAUUUUUAUGUUAUAUAUUACUUAAUUCUUACAAGUUUUUGACUUUUGUAAAUUUACUCAGUAUAACAAACACUAUAUCGUUUUUUCAAUGGCAUCAAAUUAAAAAUAAAUGUAUAACGAUUGCGCUUCGGUACAAACUUCGGAUUAUUAUUAAGAGUUUAUUUGUUUUUACUAUUACAUUAACUGGUUAGUCGAAUUCAAAUUUGAUUUCAAAAUGUCCAUAGAAAUCGAGUCGGCCGAUGUUAUUCGACUCAUUCAACAGUACUUGAAAGAAUCAAACUUGAUGAAAUCACUCCAAACGCUUCAAGAGGAGACAAGCGUAUCGUUAAAUACUGUCGAUAGUAUUGACGGUUUUGUUGCCGACAUCCACAACGGUCAUUGGGAUACAGUACUAAAAGCCGUACAGUCACUGAAAUUACCCGAUAGCAAGUUGAUCGAUUUAUACGAACAGGUUGUAUUUGAACUGAUAGAAUUAAGAGAGCUUGGAGCAGCACGUUCGCUAUUGCGGCAAACAGACCCGAUGAUAGCCCUAAAACAACACGAACCUGAUCGCUAUAUACAUCUCGAAAAUUUGUUAGCUCGUUCUUACUUUGAUCCACGUGAAGCAUAUCCAGAAGGAACGUCCAAAGAAAAACGGAGAAUCGCUAUCGCUCAGUCUUUGGCCGGCGAAGUUUCAGUUGUACCGUCGUCAAGAUUGCUUGCUCUUUUAGGUCAAGCGUUAAAAUGGCAACAACAUCAGGGUCUCUUGCCGCCUGGCACAUCGAUUGAUUUGUUUAGAGGUAAAGCGGCCGUUCGAGAUUUAGAAGAAGAAACGUUCCCUACACAACUCUUCAAACAGAUUAAAUUUAUCCAAAAGAGUCACGUGGAAUGUGCUAGGUUCUCUCCGGACGGACAAUUUUUAGUCACCGCCACCGUCGAUGGUUUUAUUGAAGUGUACAAUUUUGUAACGGGCAAAAUAAGAAAAGAUCUCAAGUACCAAGCUCAGGAUAAUUUCAUGUUAAUGGAAGACGCUGUGCUGAGUUUAAACUUUUCACGAGACAGUGAAAUGCUAGUGUCGGGAUCACAAGCGGGCAAAGUGACAGUGUGGAAAAUAAUGACUGGACAAGUAAUGCGUAAAUUCGAAAAAGCGCACGUACUAGGCGUUACUUGUGUUCAAUUUUCUAGAGAUAAUUCUCAAAUUUUAACUGGAUCUUUCGACAUGACAAUUAGAAUUCACGGUUUGAAAUCUGGUAAAACGCUCAAAGAGUUUAGAGGCCACACGUCAUUUGUAAAUGAAGUUGUAUACACAGUCGACGGCCAUAGCAUUAUAAGUGCUUCUAGUGACAGUACUGUAAAGGUGUGGAACGUAAAAUCGACAGAAUGCACACACACGUUUAAAUCGAUGGGAGCAGCGGAUGUAGCUGUCAACAAUGUUCACCUGUUUCCAAAAAAUCAAGACCAUUUUGUCGUGUGUAACCGAUCCAACACUAUCGUCAUCAUGAAUAUGCAAGGCCAAAUUGUGAGGUCGUUUACGAGCGGCAAACGUGAAGGUGGUAAUUUCAUUUGCUCCACGGUGUCUCCCAGAGGCGAUUGGAUUUACGCUGUCACCGAAGACUAUAACUUAUACUGUUUUUCUCUGGCCAGUGGAAAGUUAGAAAAAACCUUGCAAAUACACGAGAAAGACGUCAUCGGGCUCACUCAUCACCCCCAUCAAAAUUUAAUAUGCACAUAUUGCGAAGACGGAAUGGUAAGACUGUGGAAACCGUAGAAUGCCUAUGCCAUUUUUACUGAAAAAUAUUUUCACGUGUUAUAAUUUUUAUCUCCACACAUGUAUUUAUGUACUUGGACAUUUUUUUUAGUAAUAAAUAAUCUAAGAAUAAGACUA